AAAAUGUCACAAAUAAAAUAUCAAUUCAAUAAAUUGAAAUUUUAUAUUAUAUAUAUUAAAUAUUUUUUAAACUAUAUUAAACUAUAUGUACUAUAUUUUGAACAUAUAUAUAUAUAUAUAUUUGAAAAUAUUUUAUAUUUCUUUAUCUUGUUAUAUAUAGUUUUAUUAUAGUUUUAUAAGACAUCAAAAUCAAAAUAAACAAGGUUAUUAAAGUUGCAUAACAAUAUUGUUUAAUAUACUUAAUCCGCGAUAAAAUUGUUGAUACAAUUGUUGUACUAAUGACUGUUUUCUUCCGGUAGAAUAUGUAUAUAUAUAUGUAUAUAUAAGGUAUGAACAUUGAAUCAGUGAUUAGAGACAUUUAUUCACUAAAAUCAGUAUUUAAAAAAAAAAAAUGCAUCUUUUUUCUAUUACUUUACUAUUAUUUACUUUCAAUUUAUCUGCAUCAAUUAGAACUUGUGAUAAAGAAAACAAUGGAUUACAGACAGAUUUUCAAUAUAAUAAUGAAUUUUUUCAAGAUAUAAAAGAUUGGUUUUAUAAUUUAAAAAAUCAAAUUUAUGAACAAUUAUUUGAAGUACGAAGUAAAUUAAGAAAUUAUGAAUGGCAAUUAUUAAAUUUAUGUAAGGAUUCCUAUGUUCAUAAUUUCUUUGCUACUUUAUUUUUCAAUUCUAAUGAAGAUUUGAAAUUUCGAAUUGGCAAUUGGUAUUUUAUUCGGAAAGAUUUCAUAAAUCAAAAUGAAUUCAAAUAUAAUUCUGAUGAAUUAGAUGUUACUUCUCAAUCGUCCAGUAUUAUUCAGUCAAAAGAUUCAAUUGAAACUAAUACUGAAAUAACAUCCGAAAUUAUAAAUGAUCUAAAAGUAACAAAAUCUUUACCGAGGAACUUAUUUACGACUAUUUUGAUACAACAAAGCGAUGCGCAAACAACGAUACAAACUAUUGAGCAAGCGAAUGAACAAUUAAAAAACAAUGAAGCUGAUAACGAUUUUGUUCAUAAAGUAUCAGCAGAAGUUCUUAUGGGAUAAUGUAAUAAUGUAAUACCCGAAAAAAUAAUAAAAUUUUAUGAUUUCUUUAAA